AUGAACAGGCAGCUCCAUCUGGAUACGUCCAAUCUGGAUGGUGGGGAUCAGAGGUACUCCUUCCUUGCGACACCAUUGGAAAUGCGUGCCCCAGGAGGGGUGUUCAGACAUACGCCUGUGCCAGCAAGCGCACCCACCCAUCUCGCAGCGGAACAAGGAAACGUGCCAGAGCAAGUACAGCCAUGUUCAAACGAGAAGGCGCAGCACAUAAAGGAUGGUUUGAACUCUUAUGACUUGUUAAGCGGGCCUGACAUCCAGCAACACCCUGCAAAUUAUGCUCCUUUUGCCGAUGACAUACCCCGGUCAGAGAAAGCUGAGGCAGUAGUACCUGACUACGCACAUGCAUGUCCUCCGCAGAGUCCUGGGCCGCUUCCGAUCAAAGUGAACACAAAUUCCGCAGAGCAUACACUAAGCAGUCAUGCCACGGCAGUCGCACCAGACACGAACCCAUUGCAUUCGACUUCACUACCCCAGUUCCCACCUCCAGUUGCGACGACCAUAACCGCUACUCCAACAGCACAUGAUAUACUGGCUUACCAUCAGCCAGGGCAGAUUGUACACCCUAAUCAAGUCGUCAAAGGGGGCACAUGGAGGACCAGUUUAUGCGGGUGCACAGACAUCGGCUCCUGCUGCCUAGGACUAAUAUGUCCCUGUAUACUAUAUGGGAGAACGCAGCAUCGAUUGCAUACAAUGUCUCGUGGAGAGGACCCCACGAACAUGCUCGAUCAUCAUGUUUGCAAUGGGUCAUGCACUGCGAUGGCACUAUUCUGCGGCUGUCAAUGGUUUCUGGCUUCUGUCCAGCAUCGGCGGGUACGCAAGGCAUAUAAAAUCGAGGGUGAUCUCAUAUCCGACUGCGUUCGAGCAACGUGCUGUACAUGCUGCACUUUGAUUCAAGACGAAGUUGAGAUCAAGAAACGCGAGGAGGAACGUGGGAAUCUUGCCAGAGCUUCGGGAGCAGCUUUGGUAUCGCCAUACAUGGCUCCAGUACAAAUGUCGUACGGGCCACCCCCUAGAUGA